GUCAAUAAGUCAGAUGGACUUUCAACUCGUACAGAAUAUUACAAGUGAAUCUACAUUUCACAUUUUCAGGGAGUAUCAAUCUUCCUGGGGAUCUACUGUUGAAAGUACACUCGGUUGGUGUCGCAGCCUGCUACGUUCUAGUUUAUGAACAAGCCUUGUGGGAAAAUGUCUAUAAAAUAGGUCAAGUUGCAGCAUAUGGAUAUGUUCUUACAGGACAAGUAAAUAUUUAUAUUGGUUUUAAAUGCAGCCACCAUCUCUCCUAUGACACUAUAUGUGUAAACAUUGAGACACUGGGAUAGAAAGUCAGUAAUUCUUCGUCUUCAAGAGUUGUAACCCCUAGCGAUGUGAGGCAGUACAAGUGAGUGUUCCGGUGACAUGGCUGAGACACGUUCAGGCCCAGCCAGUUGGUAAGGUAGUCACCAUGGAGUGGCACAAGGCACACUUGAGGAGCGUAUUGUGGCAGGCGAUGGCCUUGCUGCUGCUGUCUCCCUACUCCACACAGCUGUGUCCAGACCAAUGUCAGUGCCAUGGUAACAACAGUUCAGGGCAGGUCAAGGUCAGUUGUGCUGACCUCUCCCUCACAGCUGUCCCCAUUGGUCUUCCACAGAAUACCACCAUUUUGAAUCUCCAUGGUAACCUCAUUUCUAAUCUGAGCCAGGACAACCUAGACAAACUUCCAGAAGGACUAACAGAAAUUGACCUUGGCCAUAAUAAAAUUACAGAAGUUGGUGAAAAUUUUCUUCAGAAUUUGAAACAGCUGACAAAAUUGUCAUUGGACUCUAAUCAAAUACAAGUAAUACAACCAGGAGCCUUCCAGCAUCUUCACAGUCUAAGGAAUCUAAACCUGGCUAAAAACCAAAUGGAAAUGCUGCAGGCAGAGCUAUUCUUUGGACUUACUGAGCUACGCCUGCUGAAUCUUAGUGAAAACUUUGUAUCAAAUAUAGAGAACAGUACAUUCCAUGAACUUGACUCCCUGAUGACGUUGGAUUUAAGUUUUAACAAGCAUCUGUCUCUUACCAACACAAGCCUGUUGGGCUGCAGUGGAGUUCACACACUAUAUUUACAAGGAAGUGAACUAGAUGCAAUAGCAAUUCAGGCGUUGGACGGCAUGAAGUCUCUCGUUUAUCUUGAUCUCUCCCAUAACAGUAUUCCGUAUGUGAACCGAUCAACAUUCCCAAGCCUACAGUCGUUACAACACUUAGUCCUAACUAAUAGCAGUAUUGGUCAACUAGAGCCAAAUGCAUUCUAUUCUUUUCCUGAACUGGUGAAUUUGACGCUUGACCAUAAUCCAUUCAAGGAAAUAGUUGGUGGUACAUUAGCGGGACUAAGCCAUCUGGAGACCCUUUCCAUCAGCUAUCUUCCUCACCUCUACUACAUAUACAGCAAAGCUUUUGAUAGUUUACCCAGUCUACGAGUUCUGUUGAUCCACAACAAUCCGCGACUGGCAUACCUCCACUACAACUUAUUCCACGGCUUACACAGACUUACUUAUCUUGAUUUGAGCUUUAAUAAUAUCACUCGUGUUCAUGAAAAUGUGUACAGUAAGUUCAAGAGUGUAACAGUGGAUGUCAAUGGGAACUACCUCUUGUGUGACUGUGAACUAGAUUGGAUACUACAAACAAUAUUUUCUUAUUCCACUGACCUUCGUGUGACCUUCCAGAAUGUGGAUAAGCUUAACUGUAGUUUUGAAGACAACUUAUCAGAUGAAUAUCCACUGUGGAACCUAUCCACCAGUGACUUGAAGUGCCAUAACCUAUCCACAAACUCUUCACAGAACAACUCCUUACUGUUCUUCCCCAUCGGGAAGUCUGCAAACUUAUUGUGUGAUGUCGAAGGUCAUCCCAGUCCAACCAUCACAUGGAUUCUUCCUCACAACAGACAAAUUUCCUUUCACAACUCGCAUCUACUUAUCCACAAGGAACAUACAGCUAAAUCUGAGAUAGAUCAGAAUAUUAUGUUACAUAAACGUCCCUCGUGGCAUAACUCAGGAAGUUACAGAUCAGAUAUCGAGAAUCAUCCCGACAGGAUUAUUGUACUUCAGGACGGGUCUCUGUACAUUGACUACAUAAUGCGAAGUGAUGCAGGCCCAUACUCCUGUGUUGUUCAAAACUCACGGAGCAAGUUUUCCAUAAAUUUUGUUCUCAGGUUAAACUAUGAGAUUAUCACAGAGGUAAAGAUAAUGAGUCUAUUUGUAGGGCUGGCAUGUGCUGCUUCUUUCUUUAUGUUGAAUUUGAUAUAUGCAUUCACAUCUGCAUUGGCACGCCGUUGCAUAAACCAGCGUCGUCGUGAUGCCAUUUUGAAACUUCUUGAGAAUCUAGACCAAUACAAGUCAUCACAGAUGGGUCGACUUCGUGAGAAUUAUAAUGGUCAAUUACAGAAGAUCAGGGAUACAUACCACCAGCGUUUGGAGCGAAUCAGUACUAACUACACUUCCCAGGUGUCCCGCCUCCGACAAGGGGCCAGCCACCUACGCGAGGGUGCCUCAAACAAAGUAGGCACUAUAAGAGGCAACUAUAAAUCUGUGCGUGACAACUACAACAACCAGCUGGGGAAGCUGCGCGAUUACAGCUCCCACCAACUGGAGCAACUGCGUGACAUGUACAGUAACCAGGUCCUAAAGAUACGUGAUUAUGGCUCACUUCAGCUAGGACGCUUUCAUCACAAGUACAAGCUACAGCAAAAACAUGUCAUCAAGCUGCUGGAGAUGAUGAAUGUGGACAAUUGUCGUACUGUGUUUGACACAGAAUGUGUUCAGGCUGAGUCCAUGAUACUGUCAGACCCGAACCUGGACCCAGCAAUAUUGUCUCCUGUGGACAUGAUCAGUGUCAGUGAUGAGGAAUAUGUUACAGCAACCUCCGAGUCUUCCUCUCGAUCUAGUCAGGAACACUUGGCUUGUGCACACUUACUACAAAAUGAACAGAUGUCAGGGGAGAUAACUGCAUCCACCUCUGGAUAUUCUCCUGCUUCUGAGGAAAUGAAUCUGUCAAGUUCAGGAUACAUUCCUGACAAACCUAUAGCAGACUAUGAUGUAGAUAGUGAGGGGGGUAGUCAAUACAACAGGCCACAUAUUGGUCAGGACUCGUCCUAUGUCAAUAUUCAAAUGAUAGAUGGUAGUGAGGAUUAUAACAUGGAAUAUGAUGGUGAUUAUGAUGAGGAAGAGGAGGACGCUACUGUGUGAAUGUACUUAUACAGAUAUAUAUGCAUGGAAAUGUCUGUCUGGAGAUACAGGAAAACUUUCAUUAAACCAAUUGUUGUGUAAAUAGCUUUAAUAUUUAAACAUAAUCAACUGCCAAUAUAUAUUUUGAAUCAUGGUUAAAAAAUGACAAAUGACAAGUUGUUUUUUCUUUACAACUAUGUAUAACUGAGCCAUGAGAUAAAGGGUUAAGUUUCACCAAAAUUACUUAAUUAUUACCUUUCUAUGGUUACUGUGGGGACUUUUAUGGUCUAAAACUUAAGUUUUGUACAACACCCUGAAAUGAAUUGUAGCUUCAGAAAAAGAUUUGUCCGUUGAUACAAAUGACAAAUACUAAUGGUGUGGGGGCAAAUCAACGAUAUAUAAAGGCUGAUUUAUAGAAAUCAAAUAUCUAUACAGAUUCUUACACAUAAAAUAGUCAGAAAUCAUAUGAAAAUGGGGUAUCUUCUUUUGUAUUUCGUACCAAGGAGAUGGGGUAAUUGAUCGAUAGAUAGAUAGGGUAAAGGGUCAUGGAGGUUAGGGAAGGGUCAUAGAGAACAGAGUGGGGUCAGUGGACAGGAAGUUAUAUAGGUAGGGAAGGGUCACAGGAGAGGGUCAAUUAUUUAAGUUAUAUUUUACCUAUCAGAAAUAAACAUCGAAAUGUGAAAGCAAUAUCAAUGUUCGAUGGCGAUGUUGACCAUGUGAUGUGGAAGUUGACCAUGUGAUGUGGAUGUUGACCAUGUGAUGUGGAUGUUGACUAUGUGAUGUGGAUGUUGACCAUGUGAUGUGGAUGUUGACCUUGUGAUGUGGAUGUUGACCUUGUGAUGUGGAUGUUGACCAUGUGAUGCAGAAGUUGACCGUGUGUUGUGGAUGUUGACCAUGUGAUGUGGAUGUUGACCAUGUGAUAUGGAUGGUGACCAUGUGAUGUG